GCAGCUGACUGAGCUACUCAUUCGACUAUUUGGAGUUUGAACACACAGAUAUCACGAGAGGACAGGCGUAUUUCACUGACCGUAGAGGCAAGAAUGUCUUGGGAAGCUUAAUAACAAACCUGAGAUAUUUCCGAAAACUAUUUUCAUUCGGAGGAUUUUAAAUAAAUCGGUGUGUUGACGGUAAAGCCAUGGAACCUUCAGCUACCGGAAACUCGUCCACCCCCAAAGUCACACCUUCCUCUCCCACCACCACGAGGCUCGGCCUCUCCCCCCUCGGCUCAUCUCCUAACACAUCAACCCCAGACUGGCAAAAACCUAAACUCACGAUGCCGACACCUCCAGCCACACCCUCAUCUUCUGCUUCCACUUCCUCCCCUCAGACCACGCCAAAUCCUUUAUCCCGUUCUUCCUCCCUCUCCACGCUGAUGUCCUCACCACUCCAUCAACCCACCAGGAGCCUCUCUCAGCUGGGCAGAUCUCAGCUCAAUGCAGCUUCUCCAGAGAACCUCCUAACUGGAUCUUCAGCUGCUCCCACAUUACUGCAACCUCCUCCCACACCUGAACCAGAGGAGCCAGAAGAGGAGGUCAGUUUUGAAGAUUUGGCAGAGAAAGCAAAGUUGGGUGAUGCAAAAGCACAAACAAAGAUGGGCCGUUAUUAUCUGGCUCUGGCACUUGAAAGCGAUGAAGAACUGAACAACUGCACAGCAGUCUCGUGGCUGGUCCAGGCUGCUAAACAGGGCCGCAAGGAUGCCGUCAGGCUGCUGCAGCAGUGCUUAGCUUCCAGGAAAGGCAUCACUUCAGAGAACUUUGAGGAGGUGAAGAAGUUGUGUACAGAGACUCGCUAUGAAAGAGGAGUCAGGAAGGCAGCUCUGCUAAUGUACUGGAAGCUAAACCCAGAGAAGAAGAAGUCGAUGGCAGUUUCUGAGUUGCUAGAAAACGUUGAACAUGUCCACACAGAACCAGGGAAACCAGCCUUUGCUGGCCCUCUCAACAGCUCUGCUAAGAAACAAAGAAGAGUCCUGGAGACAAUGGUCAGCUGUGAGGCCAGCUCACACGUGGGUCCUGAUGACUUUGUUGAGAUGACAAAGAAGUAUGCUCAGGGAAUUUCACCGUCAUCGGUCAUGGCUGCUGCCACAGAUGACGACGACGACGAUGACGUGGUGGUGAAGAAUCCAGAUGAACUGCCGCUGCAUCAGAAGCUGCUGAAGUUCCCUCUGUACGCCCUGCUGGAGAUAAAAGAGCAUCUCAUUGACUGGGCAUCUCGAGCUGGCAUGCAGUGGCUCAGCGCCCUGAUCCCCACCCAUCAUGUUAAUGCACUUAUCUUCUUUUUCAUCAUCUCUAAUCUCACCAUUGAGUUUUUUAUCUUCCUCAUCCCUCUGCUGGUUUUCUACCUCUCCUUGUUCUCCAUGAUCAUCUGCACACUGCGUGUAUUCCAGAAUUCCAAGGCGUGGGAAAAUUUCCGGGCUCUCACAGACCUGCUUGUUCACUUUGAGCCUGGUAUUGAUCUGGAGCAGGCUGAGACCAACUUUGGAUGGACACACUUGGAACCUUACCUGUACUUUUUGCUUUCAGUGGUCUUUGUGGUUUUCUCCUUCCCUGUUGCUGAUAAAUCCUGGAUCCCCUGCUCUGAGUUGUCAGCCGUUGCUCUCUUCUUCACCGUCACUGCCUUCCUCAGCCUCCAUGCCUCUGCUCAGCUCUUUGCCCGUAAAGCCCUCCUCACAGAGGUUCUCUCUGGAGCGUGCUCCCUCACUCGCCUCCUUCCAGACUCCAUCUGGUUCUUCAAGAUUUUUGGGAUGACGUUCAUCACAGUGCCACUUGGAGAUAUUGUGGUAUUAAACCUGGGAAUGCCAUGCUUGCUGUAUGGACACCUUUGCUUUCUUCUCUUCCGUAUGGCCCAGUUGAGAGGCUUUAAAGGCACCUAUCUGUGCCUGGUGCCCUACCUGGUUUGCUUCACCUGGUGUGAACUUUGCUUGGUGUUCCUUAAUAAUGCCACAGCCAUAGGUCUCAUUCGAACCUGUGUGGGCUACUUCCUGUUUUUAUUUGCACUUCCUAUACUCUCAUUAGGUCUGGCUGCAAUGCUCAUGAUCCAGCUAGUGCAGUGGUUUCUCACCCUGGAGCUGACAAAGAUGGUGGUCACACUGACUGUUUGCUUCGUGCCGAUAGUUCUGAGGCUUUGGACUCGAUUCAGCCUUAACCCUAUUGUGGUUUUUCGGUCUUUGUCGCGGAGCAGCAUUGUAAAGCUCAUCCUGGUGUGGCUCAGUGCAGUGAUGCUAUUCUGCUGGAUGUACGUCUACAGGUCUGAAGGCAUGAAGGUGUAUAACUCAACCCUGACAUGGCCUGAAUACAGCAACAUCUGCGGUCCUCUGGCCUGGAAAGAGUCCAACAUGGCCCAGACCCAGAUUCUCUGCUCUCACCUCGAAGGACACCGCGUCACCUGGACAGGACGCUUCAAAUACGUCCGUGUGACUGACAUCGAGAACGGGCCACAAUCGGUUAUCAACUUGUUGCCUGUAUUUAUGGGGAACUGGAUGCGUUGCCUGUAUGGUGAACCCUAUCCUCAGUGUGAUGAGGGGAAAAAUGUCACCUCUGAGCCCCAGCCACUGCCUGCUCCAGCUCCUCCCCCAGAAAAUCCACUCUGUAAACUUAAAAAACUGGCCAAGCACGAAUGCCACAUCAAACGGUUUGACAGAUACAAGUUUGAGGUCACGUUGGGCAUGCCGCUGGAGAGGAAGACCAAGGACGGGACAAUCAUAGAGGACGAAGACGCAACUAAGGACAUAGUUUUGCGAGCUAGUAAUGAGUUCAAAUCUGUGCUGUUACACUUAAACACUGGCAGUCUGGUGGAGUUCAGCACAAUACUGGAGGGGCGUUUAGGCUCCAAAUGGCCUGUGUUUGAAAUGAAAGCCAUUCACUGCUUGUCAUGCGGGGACGCCCCUGCUCCCAUCCGCAGGCAAUACAAGAUCGAGCAUGACUGGAGGCGCACAGCUCAGAGUGCCCUCCAGUUUGGUUUUGACUUCUUCUUCAACCCCUUCCUGACUGCUCAGUUAGACCAACACUCUGAAACAGAAACCGUGACUCAGGAGAUCAUUUAGUUAAGGAAAACAAAUGCCUAAUAAUAAUAAUAUUAAUAUUAUCCUCAGCUUAAGAACACUAACGAGUGUACCACACAGUUUUUAUUUUAAAAUUGGUGCAGUACUGGCUGUAGGAAAGUGAACAAAUCCUUAGACAUUUGUGGGAUUAAUAGAGUGAGUGUGUCUUUGUUCUCAUAGCUUUGAAGCCAAAAUGUCAAAAAAAAAAAAAAAAAAAGAUUUUUAAACAGUAGAUACACAAAACAAUGUGGUGCAACUGCCAAACACUAUUAGGAAAGAGGUGAAGAUCCCUUGCUGUGUUUGUUAUAAAAAUUUCAUCUGAAAUGUUGUCUACUCACCAUAGUGGGUCUGUUAAUGAAGUUUGAAUUGUUUCUGUUUGCCUUACAAACACUAUCUGUUUCACACACAUCCUUACAUCUGUUGAUCAAUGGCCAUGGCACAUUUUGUGGCCAAAAUCAUCAGUAUUAAGAUUCUACAGUUUCCUAGAUGAAGUCUUAAUUGUUGCUUUGCCUACAAUUAUUGAAGCGAAAGUUGCUGUCGGCCUUUGAUUGUUUUAAAAUGUACACUAUUUAUCCAGUAAGUAAUGGUUGAACUGACUGGGUUUCAAGUGCCUUAAAAACUUGACCUGAAUUUAGACAUAAUUUUGGAGGGAAAAGGCUUCAUCGCUGAUUCAGCUACACAAGUUUCUCAUCUUCCUCUGCCUGUCCUUUUGUUUGUCUUCAUCUCUGCUGUGCAGGGAUUAAAUUUACUGAAUACUUAAAUCCCUAAGUGAUUAUGCUGUGUUGAAAGUUAUCACUACUGUUUUCUAUACUGUGACCUAUAAAUAUGAUAUAAUAUU